AAGUGAGGAUUCUACUGAGGUAUCAACAACGGCCUCUGCCACCCUUUCUGCUACAUCAUCAAUUGAGGAUUCAACUGAAGUAUCAACAACUGCCCCGGCCCCCUCUUCAUUAGUCCCCGGAGAUUCCGACAAAACAUCACCAACCACAAGCACCAUGAAACCCACCGCGAGUGCAAAACCGUCGGAGCCUCCGUUAACAGUGUUGCCGCCAUCCCCACCCAAAUAUCCACAAUCAAUAACGAUAGACGAGCAAUUCCUUGAAAACCUUGAGAAGCGAGUUCCGCUUUCAUUCAAGUUUAAUGACUCAAACUUUCUUGAAGAAAAAGACAAAUUUGAAAGAAGCAAGGAAGAAAUAGAAUCGCAGUUGUUCGUUAUGUUCAUUUCUAGUCUCGGCGGUCUACAAAAAGUUGACAUAACAGCUAUCAGGGAAGGAAGUAUCAUCAUUGACUUCACCCUCAUUUUCAACCUAAAGACUUUCCUGAAUAAUUCUGGGUAUUCUAACGAGACACUUAACGAAAUCAGAAACGUUCUUAACGGAAAUAAUACGCUUCAAGUGAAUGGAACGAACUAUACCUCCGACCAAACGUACGCCCUUGGUGAAUUGAAAAAGUUAGAGGGAGUAUUGCAGAACCCAUGCAUACUGUACGAUGAUGUAGACGUAUGCGCCGAGAAGACCAAAUCACGUACAUACACGUGCGAGAUAAGAUGGAAUAAAGGCGGAGUGGAGUGUGUCUCCAAGUGUAAAGGUUGGACGUGCAAUGACCACGGGAUCUGUUAUGUUAAUCCUCCUUCAUUUACCCCGACGUGCACGUGUAACACUGAGGAAACAGCCACGCAGACGAUAACCUAUUCUGGUGUUAACUGCACGCUGUCCAGCGCAGCUGUUAAACUGGACAUAGUGAUCUACAUCACCACCUCUGUGGGCGGGGCGCUGCUGAUAGUCGUCGCAAUCACGAUUGUGUUAGUUGUGAUUUGGAGACGACGAUACCAUGAUCUUCUAUCUAAUAAGAAGGGUUCACACAACGAUACUGCCUCUGAUACUUCAUCCGACACAGGUAGCCAGAAGUUACACAGGGGCGAACACGUGUAUGAUAAUAAGAUGUAUCAGCACGGUGAAGACAAUAACAUAUAUGAUCCUAGGCACAGUUUGGCAUUCCAAGUCAAACUUGAUCACAUCGACCCGAAGGCUGAUGCUCAAGAGUUCAAUUGUAAUGGGACCGAAGAGUGGGCCGUACACAAGUUCUUUGAAAGUGGUCACGUUAGAGAGGACAUUUGGAUUGGACAGACACACUUGAUCUGGUACUCACGAGAGACUGUGAUGACAUCAUUAGUGAUUGUAACAAAGGACAUCUGCUGUCAGAUCACCAUAUAA